UGGUGGCAGUUAAACGAAUCCGAUUAGAAGGUCUGAAAGAGGACGAAGUUGCCCAGCUCAUGAGGGAGGUGGACUUGAUGAAAAGAUUAUCACAUCCAAGUAUUGUGAAGUAUGAAGGGAUGGCUCGAGAUGAACAAUACCUCAACAUCGUUCUUGAGUGAGUACAGUCCAUUAUCUUGUCGGAUGUUUCUUGUGAUGAGUUCAAUAUAGAUAUGCUGAAAGCGGCUCAUUGGGCCAGAUGCUCAAAGCUUUCGGCAAGUUGAAUGAGCAUCUUGUGGCGGGCUACGUUGUCAAGAUUCUCGAGGGCUUGCAUUACUUGCAUCGUUGCGAUGUUGUCCACUGCGAUUUGAAAGCCGCCAACAUUCUCACUACAAAGACGGGGAAUAUCAAGCUCUCGGAUUUCGGCGUUUCCCUGAACCUGAAGGCUAUAGAACGAGAGAAGGACGUUGCUGGUACUCCGAACUGGAUGGCCCCCGAGGUCAUCGAGCUCAAAGGGGCUUCAACGAAGGCUGACAUUUGGUCGUUGGGAUGCACAGUCGUCGAACUUCUUACUGGACGUCCGCCAUUUGGGGAUAUCACCAACGCAAUGACAGUCAUGUUCCGCAUUGUCGAGGACGAGAUGCCCAUCCCUGAAGAAUGCUCCGAGCCGUUGAAAGACUUCCUUCAGCAAUGCUUCCAGAAGGAACCCUCGAUGCGACCUGAUGCUGAGUUAUUGUGCGAGCACCCCUGGUUGAAGAAGAAUUGGGAUGCCCUCAAGGAGCUUCGUCUUCAGGAUAGCAUACCCUUUCUCCGGCGUGUUAGUACUGAUCUACAAAAGACUGACAUUACGCACCUUGCAUCUAUGGAUAUCAACAGAAUCGAAUCACCUUCUUCGGUUCAAGAGGAGCCAUCAAAGUCCCCAAGGCGCAGAUUAUCCAGUGGACCGUCUUCGCCAAUUUCGCUUUCGGAGAAUACCUCAUUCACCCCCAUGGAUCAUUCCUUUAUCAAGACCACCUUUGGGAAACCCAUGGUCUGCAGAGUGUGUAUGGGAAGUAUCAAAAGAAGCGCCGUCAUUUGCGACAAGUGUAAUCUCAUCACUCACUCAAAAUGUGCUCCUGAAGCUCCUCCCACAUGCGACCUUCGCUCUCAACUGUUGCUUUACGCACAGUACGCCGAACAAGGAAGCCCCUCUGGUAUCCCACUCGAUGGAUUAAAUGGGUUGCAUCCUCCUCGUCCAUCGACGAUUAUUCCUUCUGAAGUCUCCUUCGCUACACCUUCUCCUCGACCAAGCACGGACGUCACGCCGUCAUCGCCAUCACCAUCACCCGCUCCUCCCAAUGUCUACAAGCUUAUAAAUCCCUUCAAACGUUCUCGUUCUUCCCUAGCAGCAGAUAAUAGGUCUUCCCCUUUGGCAUCGCCGUCAUCGAUGCCUCAGCCUCUGUCUCACGAUGAUGUCACUCCCAAGCGAAAACCCUCUAAGCUCUCACCGAAUAUGAUCUCGAAAGAACGACCUCAUUCAUUGUCAACCGUCAAGAACCAGGCCGUAAAUCCUUCUUUUCGAUAGUUGAGCCUGAUACAGAUACAAUUCCACAACUUGGUCCGCCAGUU